AUGAACACGCAUUCUAUUCAAAACGAGAGAUAUACCCAAAUUAAGCAUUUGAAAGACCUUGAAAGUCACGGUUAUACCCCAAAAAAUACAGUAACCAAACACGAACUUAAUGUAGUUAAAAAUACUCUCGUCGAUAAAAUCAACGACCUCAAAAAUUACGAGAUUAAACAGGUCAGGAAUGAAGUAAGAAUGAUUAGGAAUGAAAUAAGAAUGAUUAGGAAUGAAGUAGGAAUAAUUAGGGAUGAAGUAGAUAAGAUUAGGGAUGAAAUAGGAAAGAUCAAGAAUUUCAUACUUCGUUCAGUUUUCGGAACGGCUGGAAUAGUUCUAAGUACUUCAGGCAUUAUCCUUG